AUGGAGAAGAUCCAACACAAAUACUUGAAAGUAAGGGGGCUCAAACUUCAUUUGGCAGAGAUCGGAGAAGGUCCCGCAGUGGUUUUCCUACAUGGUUUCCCUGAGAUUUGGUAUUCAUGGCGGUAUCAGAUGAUAGCAGUUGCUAAUGCUGGCUUUCGAGCAAUAGCUCCUGACUACAGGGGCUAUGGUCUUUCUGAUCAGCCUGCAGAGCGGGAGAAAGUGAUAUUCAAGGACCUUGUUGAUGAUCUGCUUGUCAUCCUUGAUUUUCUAUGUUAGAAAUAGUUAGUAAUGUAAGGUAUCCCACAUUAGAAAAGUUAAAAGGGAGUGUACGAGUUUAAAAUAAGAAAUACAUCAAAUUUUAUAAAUUUGGAUGGUAAGAAAAUUU